ACGGGUGUUCAGAUGAACGGUUUGCGCUCAUUUUGCAACGGUCUAGCUCCUCUUAAAAUAAAGCAAUAAUAACAGGGGGCUGUGGCGAGGGGCAGAGAGAAAAAUAGACAUGUUACAGCCCCAAUGUCAAAAGAGUUGCACACAUUUGUCCUGCGAGUGUGUGCGCGUGCUGUUCCAGCGGUGCUUUAAUCCUUGUAUGUAAAUGACAGCCAAUAGAUGCUGUUGUUGAGUUGGGCUGGGAUUAGCGGAGGCGAAUGACUUUCAAUUUUACUGGAUUACAGAACAAAGAGAGGGGGAAAGGGGACACACUCCUCCGGUAAAGAAAACAGAAAGAAAACGGGCCAAACUGACCAAAUAAAUAACCUCGGAUUGCAUUUCAACAGGCUACGAACCAUUCGAGAUUAUGACAUUUUACAAAGUCGCUGUCGGUUUUCUUUAGAUGGGAAUUCAGCUCUCACCGUUGGAUUAAACGGAGAAUAAACCUAUUCCGGGAUUGGCAGCAUAAGGCAAUUAAACACGGGGAAAUCGAAGAAUGGCACAGAUACGGAAGCUUGGCUGUGAUGGGAUGAGAACCAACUCUCGGCCAGAGCUCAAAGUUCCCCAAGUUUCAACCAGACAAGAAAUCCUCACCAGCCUAGUGUCUGCCCUGGACUCUGUGUGCUCUGCCAUGUCUAAGCUCAAUGCUGAGGUGGCCUGUGUCACUGUGCAUGAAGACAGCGUGAUCGCUGUGGGAACAGAGAAGGGAAGAAUCUUCCUAAACUCCAGAAAGGAAAUACAGACAGACUUUCACAAGUUCUGCAAAGUGUCCUGUCUGCAAGCAUUGGCCGCCAUGAACUCCCACGCCAAAGCUCCUGAUGUGGACUGCAGCAGGACUAGCAAAGACUGUGGGCAGCAGAGCAGACAGAGAGCCUUACCAGACACUCAUUCCAACAUCUUCGUCCUGAGGAAAAUGGUGGAGGAGGUGUUCAGCGUGCUUUAUAGUGAGGCUGUUGGGAAGAGCAGCCUGGUCCCUGUGCCUUAUGACUGGAUUCUCAAGGAUCCCAGCUCAGUGGUUGUUUACGGCCUGCCUGUAACUCUGAGAAAGCCUUCAGAAUACGACACCAAGACCUUAAUGAAGAUCUUAGAGCAGAGCAACCGCAUCCGCUUCAUAGUCAAAAGAACACCAGAGGAACCCUCUCGGGAUGCCAAAUCCUGUCCGGAAGUCAACCAUCACUCUUCAGCCUCAAAGAGCGUAAGCAACCACGCCUCUGUCAAACCCUCCACGCAGGAAGCGUCUGCUAGCAACUCCAUGCUCUCCAACUUCCUGUACGGCAUGCCCAUGUCCUCCCAGCCUCACCCAGACAGCAAGCUGGACCUGAAGCCCACAUCACUGCACAGCAUAGGUAAAGAGCGGCUGGGCAUGUGGGCGUCCGCUGAUGAGAAAGCGGUUCAGGCCAAGGAAUGUGCUGACAACGGCGAGCGAGUAGGGCUGGCAGCGGAUCUUACUCAGAGCCCUCCCAGCAUCCAUGUCUCCAAGCGCCUUCUGUUCUCCAUAGUGCAUGAAAAAUCAGAAAAAUGGGAUUCAUUCAUCAGGGAGACUGAGGAUAUCAACACCCUUCGAGAAUGUGUUCAGAUCCUCUUCAACAGUAGAUAUGCUGAAGCGUUAGGCCUGGAUCACAUGGUUCCUGUGCCAUACCGGAAAAUCGCCUGUGAUCCCGAGGCGGUAGAGAUCAUUGGAAUUCCAGACAAGAUUCCCUUCAAGAGACCAUGCACUUACGGUGUGCCUAAACUCAAACGGAUCCUGGAAGAAAGGCAUGCUGUCCGCUUUGUUGUCAAAAGAAUGUUUGAUGAACGAAUUUUUACUGCUGCUGGUAAAGUAGCCAAGGAAGAGGGCAAACAGGAUGGUGCCGCCCCUGAAGAUGGAUUCCCAGAUGGCCUCAGGGUCCCAAGCUCUUCUCUAGAGCUGGUCAGCAACACUCACAGUAGCAGAUCAACAAGCUCCUGUGUCAGUCCUUUGGCUGAGUGUGAAGCAGGGCCAUCUGGAGACUGUCUGCCUUUGAAAAAGAUCAAAACGGAGCCCCCAGAUGGUGAAAUUAUCCAGGUGACAGUGCCAGAGUCCAAUACUUGUACAGAAGAGCUAAGUGAGCCUCAGGCCGAGCGGGUGACCCCUGACCUCUGUCGUCCCAAGGAGCCUGUAGCAGAGGAUUUAACGCCGAAGUCUACAACACAAGGGCUCAAGAGAGCUGUUGAAGAAGACAUCGGAGAGAUGAUCCUUCAGCUGCGGAAUCAAGUCGAGAGCGUGUUCAGCUCCAAGUACAGUGAGGCUCUCGGUCUGCCUGAACCGUCUAAAGUGCCGUAUUCCAAGUUCCAGAUGUAUCCAGAUGACCUGUAUGUCACAGGGCUGCCAGAAGGGAUGAAUUUUCGAAGACCGAACUGUUUUGGAGCAGCAAAACUUCAGAAGAUUCUUGCCGCCAGUAGUCAGAUUACAUUUGUCAUAAACAGGCCAGAAUUGUUGACAGAACAGGUCAAACAUGAAGGUGUCUCUAAAACAACCUCCGAUUCAGCAGAGACUGACUCCAAAGACCAAUCAGAUGACCCGGGACCUGCCUCUAAAAGACCAGGAUUCUCAGACAGUUUAGAGGCCAAGCUCUCCCGUAUCGACUUGGCGAAUACUCUGCGAGAGCAGGUCCAAGACCUGUUCAACAGGAAAUACGGCGAGGCUUUGGGCAUUAAGUAUCCUGUGCAAGUGCCUUACAAGAGGAUCAAGAGUAACCCUGGCUCAGUGAUUAUCGAGGGCUUGCCCCCUGGCAUCCCCUUCAGAAAACCCUGUACCUUCGGCUCACAGAAUCUAGAGAGGAUAUUAGCGGUGGCCGACAAGAUCUCUUUCAGCAUUACAAGACCUUUCCAAGGGCUUAUUCCCAAGCCAGCACCACGACGAAUAACAAUAUUGAAGAAAGGUUUCACCCCAAUAAGUGAAGAAGAUGAGGUCAACCGGAUGGGAGAGAAAGUUAUAUUAAGGGAACAAGUCAAAGAGCUCUUCAAUAAAAAAUAUGGUGAAGCUUUGGGUCUGGACCGCUCAGUCAUUGUUCCAUACAAAUUAAUCCGUGCCAAUCCAGGCUCACUGGAAGUGUGUGGACUUCCGGAUGAUAUUCCCUUCAGGAAUCCUAAUACUUAUGACAUAGUUCGGUUGGAAAAAAUCCGGCAAGCCCAAAAUGAAAUUAUUAUCAACAUCAAAACCCCUCUACAGCCUUUUACAGAGUUGUGUUCUCAAUCUUGUAAUAAAGAAGGUAAAGAAAUGUCUACAAAUCGACGCAAACGUAAACGAGUACUUGACAACAGUCAAGCAUCCAUGCCUUCUGGAGCAGACUCAACACUAUCAACCAAUCAGAUUCCUGUCAUGCAAUGGCCCAUGUACAUGGUGGACUAUAGUGGAGUCAAUGUUCAAGUUCCUGGAAAAGUCAAAUACUAAGAACUUUCUGAUUCCGUACGAAAAACUUCUACCAUUAAGGGACCUUUUUU